CUGGGAAUUAUUUUGUUGGCAAAAAAAAAAUUGGGAAUUAUUUUGCUGAGUUCGUACUUCGCAGCCUGUUCGAGGAGAUCGCUUUUCUCGUCAUCUGCGUAGUUGUGUUUUGCUAUUUUGCUCAUACUUGACGGGAAAUGGCUACCUUUCCAGUUGGGACUAGUUUGCCUCCUUCACAAUCCCAAUCCCAGCACUUGCGGAGCCGAGCACUUCACUCUCCAUUUCAUGGCCUUCGCACCUUCCAAUCUCCACUAUCGUUAUCAUCUUCUUCCUUCUUUGGUUCUUCUUCUCUUUGUAGAAUUACGGGUCUCAGGUUGCCUGGUAAUCAUGUAUUGGCACGCGCUGAAGAGAAGGCUAGAGGUUCUACUUCGUUUCAAGAGCAGCAAGCUGAACAACGUCCCGAGAGACAAUUUCAGGACUUGAUGUCAGAAUCUGGAACAUGUGAUCCCCUGUGCUCAGUAGAUGAAACCAGCUCACUAGAUUUUGAAGAAACUUACCAGCCUAAGACUGAUUAUUUGAAAGCUCUCGCCAUAUUCGCAGCAGCUGCAGUUGGAGCAUUGGCAAUUAACCAUUCUUGGGUAGCCGCUAAUCAGGAUCUUGCUAUGGCAUUGCUAUUUGGAAUAGGAUAUGCAGGCAUCAUAUUUGAAGAAUCUCUAGCCUUCAAUAAAAGUGGAGUAGGAUUGUUGAUGGCUGUAGGCUUAUGGGUGAUACGGAGUAUUGGGGCUCCUUCAGCUGAUGUAGCUGCUUCAGAACUGACACAUGCGUCUGCAGAAGUCAGUGAAAUAGUGUUUUUCUUGCUUGGUGCGAUGACCAUUGUUGAGAUAGUUGAUGCUCAUCAAGGGUUUAAGUUGGUUACUGACAAUAUAACAACUCGAAAGCCGCGCACUCUUCUUUGGGUGAUUGGGUUUGUCACAUUUUUCCUCAGUUCAGUUCUAGACAACCUGACAUCUACAAUUGUCAUGGUUUCUCUGUUGCGGAAACUAGUACCUCCAUCAGAGUAUCGAAAGAUUCUUGGAGGUGUUGUUGUUAUAGCUGCAAAUGCUGGUGGUGCAUGGACUCCUAUUGGCGAUGUUACCACUACUAUGCUGUGGAUACAUGGUCAAGUAUCCACUUUGCAAAUAAUGAAGGGAUUGUUUGUGCCUUCAGCUAUCUCUCUAGCUGUGCCGCUGGCUCUUAUGUCACUGACUAGUGAAGUUAAUGGGAAGGGACAGGAUUCACCCAAUGUCUUGGCAUCUGAACAGAUGGCUCCUCGAGGACAGCUUGUUUUCGCUGUGGGUCUAGGAGCUUUGAUU